CGUCAACAUGCGGCCGAUGCUGGAAGCGAACUUGGAGCUACCGAUGCUGGAACGGCAUUCACGAAAAAUCACAGUGCGCGGCAUCGUCACACAGUGUCUCAGACUGUGGCGCUCCCUGCAGGCACAGUCAAGUGAACACCCUGUUGUCAAGGUCCAGUCCCAAUGACAUCGUCCUGGCUAGUCGCAUCCCUAAUUCAAACAAACCACAAAUCUGUCCACAAACUUGCACGGCAAACACGCCCGGCAUUCCCGUUAGCCACAUUGGUACUCCAGGAUCGCGGCCUUUUCCAGCCAUCGUCUUCAUUUCACGUCCUUGUAAUUUCAGCAGACUCUCGAUCAAUCCUACAGUAUGGCGACCCCGCCACCGCAAGGCUCGGGUCGCGGCGUACCUGUUUCGAUACCGCUGCCCGCUGGCAUGCCCCCAAUCCAGCCAGGCCAGCGUCCAACUCCCGAGCAGAUCCAAUAUGUCCAGCAGAAGCUGCGAGUCGAUGCUGAGGCUGCGGGCAUGACCGUGCCCGAGUUCAUUGAGCAGAUCCGAAAGCAGGCUGCCCAACGAGCGCAACAGCAAGGACAGGCGCAGGAAGGCCAAGGACCUCCGGGACAGCCAGGCCAGGGAGGACCACAAGGCCAGCAGCAGCAGGGCGAGCAAGGACAACAGCAGCAGGGACAGCCAAGGCCGCACCAGCAUGGUCCUCCGCAGCAAAUGCGCCCUCAGCGCCAGGCGAUCAACCCAGGUCCGCCCAAACCCGAGGCCCUAGCCAUGGCCAAGUUCCUUCGGAGCCAAGAUUUGAAGACUCGCACGUGUAUCCUCAACGGGGAGCGCAGAGACAUGUUUCGAGUCAAGCGAGCUCUCCGAGCCCUCGAGUCACCCGCCUACGAGAAAGCGCGCAAGAAGAAUCCUCUUCUCCCGGAGAUUAAGGAUAGGGCCUCACUCGAGAAUGCCUUCAAGCUCCUUCCGCUCAGCAUGCUUGCCCUCCGGAUCAAGCAGAUUGACCCCCCCCCUGGCCCGAACGGCAAGAAGGCCAAGCGUGUCAAGGGCCAGUGGAAUGUGAAGAUUGAGCAGCAGCAAGAAGCUGGCGACGACAUGUACUACGCAUGGCUGUAUGAGGGUAGCCAGGUCAAGCGCCAGCUGUAUGCUGCCUUGGCCCUCGUCGCCAUCUUUGCUGUGGUUCUCUACCCGCUCUGGCCGCUCAAGCUCCGCCUGGGCGUGUACUACCUGAGCUGGGGCAUGUUGGGCCUUCUCGGCCUGUUCUUCCUGAUGGCCAUUUUCCGUGUCAUUCUGUUCUGCAUCACCUACUUUGCGGUACCCCCCGGUCUCUGGCUGUACCCGAAUCUGUGGGAGGACGUGUCCUUUAUGGACAGCUUCCGACCCGUCUGGGCAUGGCACGAGACUGAGAAGCCCAAGAAGAAGAAGAAGAAGUCCAAGGCCGAGGGCGGGGGUGCGGGCGUGUCUAACGCCGCUUUCGCUGCCUCCACAGGUCAGCCUGCUCCCGCUUCUGCUACGACCACUGGCACCGACACACAGGUCAACUCGGGUGAAGUCCAACAGCGUUCGUACGUGGCCCCCAAGGUUGAGGAGGACGGAAACGACGAUGCGUAG